UCCCUCGCGUUCGAGCGUCGCAGAGCUCGUCCCAACGUUCCCGAGGAAACAUGGCUGUGAACAUCCUGGCCGUGUUGCUGAUGGUCUUCUACUACUGCGCCGUGGUGUCCGUGGGCGUGUGGUCGGGCCGCAAGAUGCACUUGGACAGCAGCCUGCAAUUGUCGCGUCUCAGCGUCGAGACCCGUCGCAAGCAGGAUGCGGCGCACGUCCUCAUGAAGCUGUUCAUAGCCAACCGCCACUUGCCGCUCUGGAUGGGCGUCGGCUCCAUGACUGCGACCUGGGUGGGCGGCGGCUACCUGAACGGAACAGCGGAGGUUGUCUACAGGAACGGAAUCCUGCGCUGUCACGCACCUCUGGGCUACGCGGUCAGCCUGAUGUUAGGCGGCACUUUCUUCGCCAGCAAGAUGCGCGAGACCAAGCCGUUGACGAUGCUGGACCCGUUCCAGAACCGCUACGGCCGGUGGAUGGCGCUGCUGCUCUGCUUCCCAGCUGUUGUCGGCGAAGUCUUCUGGACUGCCGCCAUCUUGGCAGCACUCGGUAACACCGCCGGCGCUAUCAUAGAGGUGGACACACGCUUCUUCAUCAUAGCCUCCGCUCUGGUGGUGUUCUUCUACACAUCGCUGGGCGGCGUCUACGUGGUCACACACACCGACGUCCUCCAGAUUGUCAGUACGGCCGUCUGCCUGGCAAGUGGAGCGGCGUGUCGGGCGGCAGCCCUUCAGAAUGUAGCCGGAAAAAAAAAUUAUGCGGAUCACAUGAGCGCGUGGAUUUGCGUGCCCUUCUGCUUAGGCAACCACGCCGUCGGCUUGAUCGGGCCACCGCAAAGCGACUGGAUCGGCAGCAUCGCCUCUCGCGACGUGUACUUCCAGCGCGUGCUAAGCUGCGAGACCGACUUCGACGCCCGGAUGCUCUCGUACUUGGCCGCCGUGGGUUGCAUCGCGCUGGCCAUCCCGCCCGCCGUCAUCGGCGCUGUGGCCAAAAGCGCGAACUUCACGGCGGCAGGCUACCCGGGUCCGCACUAUUUGCGCGACAAGGACAUCGUCCGGGUGCUGCCGUGUUCCAUCCGCUACCUGACCUCCGGCUUGGUCUCCAUGAUGGGCUUGAUCGGCAUCACGGCUGCGAUCAUGUCGUCGGUGGACUCUUCCAUGCUCAGUGCCUCCUCCAUGGUCACCAAGAACGUCUACCAGUCCAUCAUUCGACCCAUGGCUUCCGACGUCGAGGUGUCCCUGGUGCUACGAGUCAUGGUGUUCUCCAUCGGGUCCUGGGCCACCUACGUGGCGCUGUCCGUGAAUUCCGUGUUCGAGCUGUGGUUGUUGUGCUCGGACAUAGUCUACGUGCUGCUGUUUCCGCAGCUGAUCUGCGUCCUCUACUUCGAAAAUAGCAACGCAUACGGCGCCAUUUUGGAGCUGGCAAAGCGAUGGAGCUCGAGCCGGACACCAACACCGAAACGGGAGACGUCGGGCAUGCUCAGCUACCUGAUGCCGUUCUACCUGUGCCCCGUGCUCUACCCCGGCACCAAGGAAAGCAAGUGCUUCUACUGCGUCCUGCUGAUGAUGUCCUGGUGGCAAGUGCGCGCCAUGCCCAAGCCAGUCCUGGCCUUCCUGCCGGCUGUCGCGUUGCCCCUGCUCGGCAUCAUGGGCCACGAUCAAGUCGCCACCAACUAUUUAUCGGUGGACGUUCUGACGACGGUGCUCCUGCUCUGGCUCGUGCUGGUAAGCGACGAGACGUCGACCGUCGGUCGGCUCAGCUACGCGCUCGUGGGGCGCUUCGGGAGCCGCGCCGGGCCAGUGCUCGUGCUGCUGACGGCCUCGACGUUCGUGGCGUCGCUGGUGCUGCCGCAAAGCGUCGUGACCGUGUUCGUCACGUGUCUCGUGGAACGCCUCUGCAACUUCGUGCGCGAGGAAGGCCUGCAGGACGCGCAGCGCUGUUUGGACCGCGCCGUCGCCGACGACACCGCGGGCCGACCGUGCGAUGUGGACACACUGAUGCUGUACGAGGAGUUGGCCGUGGCCUUAUGGAAGCGUCACCGGGUGGGCCUCGACGACCAGGACUCGGUCGAGUGCUGGGACGCCGACAAGCGCGGCGCCGAGAGCCCCGAGUCCAGGAGACUCGGGGCGUUGAAGCGCAAGAUGUCCAUCCUCAAGCCCUCCAAGUCUGCAGCCGCACAGGACGCCGCUGGAGCGUGCACGCCCAGCGGGACCCGGUUCGCCGCCGACCUUCCGCCGGACAAGUUGUCGACGCCCCCGAACGAGGCGAAGCCGUUGGAGGGCAAACUGAUCCGUGCCAAGCGUCGGCGUCAAUCGUUCGCCGACAAGCCUCACGUGUUCGAGUACAACGAGCACCGGCGCGUGACCCACGACAUGCCGGGCGCCUCGCUGCAGGAGGAGCCCAGCUACAGCCGCAUGUCUAACGCCAGCCCUUGGUUCACGCCGUCGCAACAGUCGUCUGUCUCCCUGCGUGGCUCGUUUGGGAAGCCGCUAUCUUUCACCGCGGUCGGAACAGCCGGAGAAGGCACACCCGUGGCGGAAAUGAAGUGCUUGGACCAUGGGCCCUCUGUGUCGCUGACCAGCGCGCCGACGGUCAUCGGCGUUGCAGCGAGUGGCUCCGGUGUCGCCUUUGCCAAAGCCGCCUCGUCGUCCGAAUCGGCGACCCGGGGAUUCCGGCCAGCCGCGUCGAUGCAGCGUCGCGUCUCAAUGGCCGCCACACUGGGACCAUCCCGUGCGGAGCCAGGCUUUGGCGGCACCGGCAGUGGCCGCUUGCAGGCGCGCCGUAUCUCCAUACGCUACCCGAACCAGGCGUUCCUGCCGGGUCGCGACGGUCACAGGGUCUUCCAACGGUUCCGCACGGAGGACCGAUCCACCGCCUCCAACGCAAUGUCGUCUGUAAAUGUUCCAGACGACGAGGAGGAGGAUCCCGAGGAGCAACGGCUCCGGCGCAAUCGGGAGGUUCUGGCAGCCCUGUGCGUAUGCGGCAGCAUGACAAGCGUGGCCGGUAGCAUCGCCAGCUACUGGUUCACGCCGGCCGCCGAAGCCAUCGCCGCCAACAUGGACAGCUCUUCGCUGUCCUUCUGGAGUUGGACUCUGAUCACGCUGCCGGUGUCGCUGGCAGCGUCGGCUCUGUCCUCCUUCUGCGUCUACUACGGCACCUUGCACGCCCAUGAGAACCAGCUCAACGAAGAGGCCGAGGAGCUGAUCCGCUGCUACGCCAAGCUGAAACUGGGCAGACAGGAGAGAUGCGGAGACCUGAACACGUGUAUCCUUGGCGGCAUCGUGCUGCUGGCGUCGACGGCGCUUAGCUCACGGCCGGGCGCCAGUCCGCCGCAGAGCAGCGUGAGCCCGAGCCAGUUCCGGAACAACGUGGACGUGGACGGGGACGACACGCCCGACUUUCGGCCCCACGGUUCCGACCGCGGUCUCGCCUCGUUUGCCAGCCGCCUGCCGUGGGGCGUCAUCGUCAUCUACGGCGCCGCGUCGGUCAUCACGCGAGUCGCCCAGACGACGGGCAUGGCCAAGGUGGCGUUCGACACCGCGUUCUGGAGCCACCAGUCGGACCUGGUCAAGCAGGUGCUGCUCACCAUCGCGUCGUCGCUCAUGGCCGAGUUCAUGAAUGCGGCCACGCUCUGCGACGCCAUCCUGCCCAUGGUCGUUAGCCUCUCCACUGACACGGAGCACGACGCCCUGUACUUCGGCUUGCCAGUGGCAGUGGGCGCCUCAGUGAACACCAUCAUGCCGGUCUCGCUGCCGCUGGUCAUGCUCCACGACAUGGCGCCGGUCACGCGCAAGCAGCUGAUCCUGACCGGAGCCUUCGUGAAGACCGUGGUGGUGGCCAUCAUUCUCCUCUCGAUGAACACCACGGGAGAAUACGUUUUACACAGCACCAAGCAAUUCAACAACACCGAGACUGUACAGACAUUCCUGUUACGCUAAACCAACUCUAGAAAGAC